CACAGAUUAUGACACAACUUCAACAAAACGUCAAUAAUAUGUCAAUUGACAGUUUUUUGAUAGAUGCAGUCGCUUGCGGCUUUUUUGGCAAUUUUUGGUGUAAACAUUUAAGUUUAUUUCGAUAUUUUAACAGACAAUUACACAAUAGUUAUAAGGAAAUGAAUGCCACAAGUUUAUACGUUUCUACGUGUCGAUUGAUAAUAUUGGCAGAUGCCUCAGACCGAAAUUCAUGGACAGAUUUGUUUCGUCUCGUUCCCUAUUUACGACAAUCGUUGUCCUGUACAGUGUGUGGUAAUUUGUUGAAGGAGCCGUACACGCCGACAGCCUCGGCAUGCCAGCACCACGUGUGCAAGCAGUGCAUGGGCGGACGCAAGAAACUGAAGCCGUCGUGUAGUUGGUGCAGAGACUAUGAGCAGUACGCUGAAAACUUACAGUUGCGGAUUCUCCUGCAGUGCUAUAAGAAACUGUGUGAAUACUUCAUGGGUACCGAUGUGUAUAGCCUGUUACAGGCAGAAGAUGACCUGGCUGCAGGCUUAAAUGGUGGAACUGUGGCAAGUUCAGGGUUAAUGGAUUUGAUUCAGGAGGGGGCAGGCUUUUCUGAUGACUAUAAAAGCACAGCUGGGCUUUCUAAGUCAGCAUAUAGUAUACUUCCUUGUGUGUUCACCAACUCCGCCUCAACACAGACACAAGCGGCAGCCUCCUCUAGUCACACUGAGCCUCGGAGCCGGCAACACUCUCCUAGCACUAGAUCAACAGCUAAUGGAGGCUCGACAUACUCUGUCAUGUAUGCAGGAACUGGAAAUAAAAUUACUAUUAAAAGAAAAGCUAUUGAAGAAUCAUCUGAAUCAGAAUCUUCACCUAGGGAUAACAAGUCAAACCAGCAAGGGUUCAAGAAGCCUUCAAGCAGAUCUCGCAGCUCGGCGGGCGGCAAGCGGAAGGGUUGCCGGUGUGGGAAUGCCACAGCCACUCCCGGCAAGCUCACUUGUUGUGGUCAGCGGUGUCCGUGCUAUGUUGACAGUAAACCCUGUACUGAGUGCAAGUGUAAGGGUUGUAGAAAUCCACAUAGAGCUGAUGGAAUGAAGGUGAGACCUCAUAUACCCCAACUGGACUCCAUCCAGUAUACCUUGAGCUCCAACACAGAGAGUUCCCCUUCCUGCUCAGGGUCCAUGGAUAGCAUGGACACCGACACCAUGACCAUGGAAGCUAUGGAGGAGACACUGCACUUCAACCAUCAUCCAUCUCAUAUCAAAGUAUACACAAGUCAGUUGCAAGAGAUAUCACCGUCAUUACCGGCCACAAUAAUGAUGGACGAAGACCUCUCCUGCUCCCCCGAGGUGGAACUGAGUUCCCCGCACGAGUUCACAUUAUGUUCCCCGAGCACCCUGGACGAGUCGCCCUCGCCGCCACCUCUUGAGCACACCAGUGAUAUAGAGGUGGAUGUAUGACAGACGCCCUCCGUAGACUCCUAGGACUCAGCCCCGCCGGCGCCCGUGCACGUGGCGCGGCCCACGCUCCCGCUCGUCAACUUGAGCCUCAAAGUCACCAUAUUCCUCCAGAGGGGCCCGCGGACUCCUCGGCGUUGAGUGAACUGUGCACGGCGGGUGAGUGUGAGUAGCAAUCUUCAAUAGUUGUUGGGUUUUAAUAGUAAGGACUUGACUAGUGACUGAAAUGUUAAUUACCAUUGACUACCUUUUAAGAAUAAGUGAAACUGAAAAAAUCCAAUAAAGACUAAACUAGGAAUAAUGGUGAAAGUAUUGUUUGUUGAGUUAAAUGUUGUAAUUCUUUCCAUUUUUGGUUGAAGUGAUUGUUGCAUUUGUGAUUAUGAAUUGUAAAAAAUCGGUUUUGAUGUUAGCUUUUAAUGAAUUAAGCAAAGUGUGAUUUAAUGAAUUAUUUUAAGCUUUUAGGCUUUUUAAAUUGUAAAUCAUGGUAGUAGGUUGAUCCUUGUGCUCCAAUUAUAACCUGAAUAAAUACAUAAACUUCCUGUUUUUAGUCGUCGCCUUAAAUAUACAUAUUUUUAAUGCGGGAAACUUAUAACAAUAAUAAUAAAUCAAUUGUGCCUGAAGUAGAUUUACCGACCGACAUAUUGUGGUCUGGGCCGGCCGAUGUCCUUCUGUAUGAACUUUUGUUAGCGUUCGUUGUGUAGAUAAUUUCCGUCGUAUGUAUUUGUAAACAUAGUAAGAUAAAGCACUCCAGUACAAAUCAAAUGUGUAUAAA